AUGGAUCCCGAGGUGGCUGCCACGCAGGUGCGACAGGAGUACGAUGUGUGGGCGCGCACCCGCGCGGUGGCGUACGAUCAGCUGCCGGGCCAGUACGACGUCGAUUUCCACCAAGCCAACAUGGACGCAUCUUAUGCAAUGAACUGGCUUAAUGCCAGCUAUUGCACAGAUCCAAAGCAUGAAUUGAGACCCUCUGCCUCCUCAGCCCCAUGA